UUUGGGAUCUGCUGGGACUCUCGGGGUAGGCAGCCUAAUGAGGAGCCAAGCGAGGUGCGAGGCGCAUAAUCAGACUCUGGUCAAGAUUGAGCAAGUAGGCCUCGGAGGCCUACACGCAGGAGUGGUCGUCAUCUCUGCUCGAAGCGUUUGGGGUCGUGCUGCGCCUGCCUCGGCAUUGUACCAGACGUGUGAGUAAAAAAUGCCCCUUGUUGCUUCGCACAUCGACGUGCAAUUCAAGCUCAUCAUUUCAUCUCACAUCUCGUCGUCUCCAUUAGCUCGUCGGGUCACUUUUGCAGACGAUAACGUACUCUGUCAAAUAGACCCGUUGUCGUGCCGAAUUGACUUUGCUCACGAUGAACAAGAUUGCGCUUGGCAGCAGCUCAACAGCAUCCUCGAGCCUGGCAGCCCAGUGGCAGGACUGGAGUUCGUCGGUGCUUGCCUCUUUGUGAGCGGCGUGAAGGUUCACGAGGGGGACUGCCUGCUGCUCUCCCGCGACAAGAACGCUGCCUCUGUCUUGCUGGACGUUGUACAAGUGCAGAAGAUCGAGGAGACCACUCCGGGCAUCGCAAACCUCAUCCUCCGGCCAUUUCUCCGCCCUGCAAUCGCGCCUCCGGCUGCCUCUCCUGGACACAAAUUUCGUGAUCCUGCUCACCUUGUCCUCGCAGCUCGUGAUCAGUCUUUUGCUUUCGACGAUGCCAAGCAUGUGAUUGUUCGCAAGUGCGUUGUCACCAAGGGACCAGUCGCACACAGGCUUGAAGGGGACGAGCUGUUCUGGACCUCUUCGUCAGGCUUCCAAGCAUGCAGCAGAUGUGAGAGCCAACGAGUGCUGGCGGCAAAGAUAACAGGCGAAGUCAUUUCGCAUAGUCUGCGCACGUUGGACCUCUUUGCCGGUGCUGGGGGACUAACAUUGGGGCUUGGUCUCGCCGGCAACAUCAAGACUAAGUGGGCUGUUGAGAUGGAUGCUGCACGGGCGAGAACCUUGCAAGCGUCGCAUCCGAGGACCGCGGUCUUCACAGCCGAUGCUUCUGAGCUUCUGGCCGUCGUCUGCGAGAAGGCAGAAAGCAACCCUUUAUCCUCCGCACUGCCCUCCGCCUCCACGCUCCCAAAGCGGGGCGAGGUCGAUAUUCUUGUAGCAGGCCCUCCCUGUCAGUCCUUCAGCAAGCUUAAUGCGCACCGCGCUGCCACCGAUGGGCGGAACCUGCUUAUCGCUGUGACGUUGUCUUGGGUGGAAGUGCUGCGUCCGGACUAUGUUGUCGUCGAGAACGUAGGGGGGAUCAUGGACAACGAGACGCUGAAGUUGGGGGCCAUCAACCAAGGUUUUCCAAAGCUCAUAGUCCUUACUUUGCUUCAGCUGGGCUACUCCGUCAGGAUUGCCAACGUGGAAGCGGUGUCUUGCGGCAGCCCUCAAGAGCGAAGGAGGAUGAUCUUCCUCGCCGCCAAAGAAGGCCUGCCUUGUCUGCCCCCCGCCUCGCAUAUUACGCCUUCAGACCGGUUGAGCAGGAGCUCCAGCAUCAGACUCUGGCCUGGGGACGGCGCGCCCUCGCGGCAUUUCACCAUGCCUAAUGGCUUCCUUCGGGGUUGUGCGCCCUUGCCGACUGUCACGGUCAUGGACGCCAUCGACGACCUCCCCGCUUUCGACUGGUCCGACCCUCACCAGGUGUACCCACUCCGAGCUUCACCCCUGGAUCGGGAAAAAGCGGCGCGAGCGGCGCGAGGCAUCCCCGCCCUCGACGCAGUGAGAUUGUCAGGCGUAAGUGGGGAGCACCUGGUGGGAGCCAAGCUUCAGAGGUACGGCACUGAGCCACGUACUCCGUAUCAAGCUUUGAUGCGACGAGGUUGCGCAGAUGCUCGUGUGGUGUCGCAGCAUCAGACGGCUCGGCAUACCUUCGAAAACGUCGAGCGUGUCACCAAUGUGCUGCUGCGCCCGGGGGCAAACCACCGCAGCUGGUCUUCACCGCUGGUGAACAAGCCGCUUUUGACCCCGGAGUGGCUGCUCAGCGCCAAUAGCCUGCGAAGAGAGGAUAGCGGCAAAGCUCGACACAGUUGGGAGCGCUCCGAGCAUUCCUACCAGCGCCUGGAUCCCAAUAAGCCCUUUCCUACGUCGCUGACCAGCGCUUCGCCUGCGAACCGGCAAGGUGCGGUCAUUCACCCCACUCAGACUCGCACGCUCACUCUCCGGGAGUCUGCUCGAGUUCAGGGCUUCCCAGACUGGAUGACCUGGGACUGCUCGAUUGAGGAGGCUCAGAAGCAGGUCGGGAAUGCGGUGCCUGUCCCUUUGGCAAGGAUGCUCGGCAGGGCCAUCAUUGCCAAUGUCGUUGCCGUUGAGGUCAAGAAGAAGGAGCUGAGGGAGAAGUUUCGAGCGAAGAGUGCGGCGAAGGGAAAGGGGAAGAUGAAGGCGGAGGAUAAAGAUGAUGAGGAUGCGGAUGUAGUGAUGGAGGAAGCUUGAUGAACGAUCCCUUCCUCUUCUCAAAACUCUUCGCUCUUGUUCAUAGAUUCUUUUCGACUGUUGUCCUUCUUUGCUCUGGUUCCGAGACUCCCCUUCACCAUCGUGCAUGUCCCACUGUCGCAGGCUCUUCACGAUCCUCAGCGUUAGCCUCAGUAAUGUGUCUCUCUCUGCUUGCUUCUUG